UAAAGAGUUUCUUCUUUAAAACUUUUACUUACUUUGUGUGUUCUUACUCCAUCGAGUGAAUCACACAUUAGAAAAUUCUGUUCUGGAUAGCAUUCAAUAUUUUGGGUUCAAAGUACAGCUUGACAACUGGGAGUGGGGCAAGAUCUGUGACAAUUUUUAUCAGUGAAGCAAAAGUUCCCACUGUAAUGUGGGCUCAGAGGAAUGAUGUUGUUUUUCUCACAAUAUGCUUAGAGGACUGUGAAUCCCCAACUAUAAACUUAACAGAACAAAAACUUACAUUCAGUGGUAAAGGAGGUACAAAUAAAGACUUAUUUGAAAUAUCACUAGAAUUUGAAAAGGAAGUAAAUCCACAGGAAUCAAAAUAUGCAGUAAAACCAAGAAAUGUAAGCUUUGUGAUAAAGAAGAAGGAAUCUGGUCCAUACUGGCCUAGAUUAUUAAAAGGCAUUAAAAAAGCUUUCUGGUUAAAAACAGAUUUCAACAAAUGGAAGGAUGAAGAUGAGUCUGAUGAUGACAUGGAUAAAAACAUGGAUUUAGCAGAGAUGAUGCAGAAUAUGGGAGGUAUGGGUGGUGGAAUGGGUGGAAUGGGUGGCGGCCCAGGUGGACCAGGUUUGAUUGAUGAUGAAGAAGACAGUGAUGAUGAAGAUUUGCCAGAUUUAGAAUGAGAGUGAAUGCUGUAACAUUAAAAUAUACAUGGAGUGAACGAUCAAGCUGUAAAGGCAAUGACAGCAGUGUUCAUGAUUGCUUUACUAUGUUUUACAUGGUACUGGCAAAUCCUGUUUCGAAUACUGGAUGGUGUGAAGUGUUCACAAGGACAAAUUUAUUGUGGAACACUUUAGUGAUAAUGUUAUGUACUGUAUGAAAAAUAUUUUUUCAGUUUUCGUAUCUUGUUCAUUGAAAUGUCUUCAUUUUGUACGCAAUUUUUAAUGCAGGUCUGACAAUAAUUAUGCAGGAGUCUAGAUGCAAAAUUUAAUAAAAAGUUUUUGAGGAUUUCUGUGUUGAACAUGUCUAUAGAAGUUUUUUUUUUAUCAAAUUUUUGCUUCAAUAUCAAUAAAUAAAAUAGUAACUUGUGCAUUUCAAAUGUUGCAUUGUGUACAUUUAAUUGAUUUUUCUAUCAUGUCAGCCAUAUCUUAUUCCAUUUUUCUUUCUGUUUGUGUUUUAUGUGUUUUAUAACUGAAGUCCGUACAUAUAUUGCCCUGAAAAGUAGAUGAAACAAAAAGGUGAUGCUGUGUAUUGCAUAUCAGAAGUCAUGAUAAUCUUACACUCUCUCGCCAGGUUUGCUAUAUAACAUUAAAAAGAAUCAAACAUACUUUGUCAAAUUUAUUCAUUUCUGGUUUGUUUAAUUCAUAAAAAUAUUAUAUUUAUUUUAUUUUUAGGAGACUAGGUAGAAAAUUUCAAACAUCAGCUGUCAGUUUUACCCAUCCAUAUAAUAUAUUAUACUGUAAGCAUGUAUAGCUCAUGUUCUUCAUGCCAUCCAAAGUUUCAGCAUAUGUAUAAAUAGAUUUUUUUUACUUUCAUUUAUGUUGUGGACCUCCUUCAGUUGUCUGUCACCAGUAGCUGUGGACUGGUUGCGUAUGCGAGUUUCAGAGAUCCUCCCGUGUGUAACAGCCAAUGCUCUUGUGUGUAACAGUCAGUCAAUGAAAUCCGAUUAUACAAGACUGGUUCCUGUUUUGCAUCUUGUCAUGGUCAAAACUGGGACCAAGAAAACACUGGUCUGACUGCAUAUUUAAUCAGUAUCAACCAUGUGUAACACAAGUUGGUCAACUCAUGCACUUCUUUUACCAUCAACUGUCAUUCAGCUUAACAAUUGUGCAGGCAUCAAAGGAGAUCCAAAUGCUGAGUGUUGCUAAAUUUAGAAUGGAAUAUAUACAUGUACUGUCAGGCUUAUUUGAUAAAACCGGUUUGCUUUUGCUCUGUUGUCCAUUUUCAUGUUCUUUUUUAUGCUCAUUUUACAUUGCAUUGAAGCAGAAAACAUAGUUUAAUAAAAUAAAUAUACGUGAAACAGAGUUUUUAAAUUAUAAUAAUUUUUGUGUUUUACAUUUUUCCGUAUAUGUAACCAUACAAAGAACAUUUCAAUGUUUAUGAAGAAUAAGACCAAUCACUUUUUAACUACAUAAUUCUGUCCUCUGUUUAGCAACACUUUUAUUUGACAGUUGAAAAGCUUGAAUAUUGUUAAUCAGGGAUAGCGAGAGUACAGUGUGAAAAACUCGGUUUUUUGGUGUGUUUUUUAAGUGGUAGAAUACUUCACUAUAUUUGUUAAGGCAAUAAAAUAAUAUUUGUGAAAACCAAUUUCCAGCUAUUUGACCAAAACAAUUACUACUGCAAUGUUUACAAUUAAUAGAUGAAUAAGAUGAAAUUUGAGGAUAAAAUAUAACUUGCCCCCACCAAAGUAUUUACCCCAGGACAAGUAGACAAGGGUAGAGAUUUGCCAAGGUUCUUGUCACAUUGAAACCUUUUACUGCUGUAUAAAAAAUCUGCCAGGACCCACAUUCAUCAUUGUCUCACGUCAGAAAUUUAGACUCUUAACUUGAACAUCAUAGAUCUACCUGGUUUUCCUCAAGUAUCUACUAGGAUUCAUUGUAGAACUAUCAGAAAUAUUGACAGUGCAAGUUCAGUUUUAUCCAAAUUUUCAGUCAUAAACAAGUGUAGGGAAAGAAAAUUGGCAUUCUUGAGUGUUUUAAGUCUAAAUUUCUGACUGAAAACUGUAAUGAAUAUGGUCCCAAAAAUGUGUUUUCUUCAUACUGUUCGGAUGUCUGGAUAUUUGGAAAAGAAUAAAAUCAUGUACAGGUUUACUUUUAAGAUACAAAAUUACUGGCUCUGCUGUGAUACUAGCAGAUAAUAAAAUGUUAGUGAAUA